UGCUGGUCGGCGCUCGGUCAUGGCGAUGCACGCUAAAUCCGCUCCGCCGCAGAUCCCCGAUACCCGCCGCGAGUUGGCCGAGCUCGUCAAGAGGAAGCAGGAGCUGGCGGAGACGCUGGUAAACCUGGAGAGACAGAUCUAUGCCUUUGAAGGGAGCUACCUGGAGGAUACGCAGAUGUAUGGCAACAUUAUCAGAGGAUGGGACCGCUACCUCACGAACCAGAAGAACUCCAACAGCAAGACAGACAGAAGGAACCGGAAGUUCAAGGAGGCAGAACGCCUCUUCAGCAAAUCCUCUGUAACAUCAGUGGCAGCUGUUUGCGCUCUUGGUGGCGUCCCUGAUCACAUGAAUGAGAAACGUGAGGCAGGCAGUGGCACAGAGAGCGACACAUCUCCAGACCUCCAGAACCAGGAGAACGAGCCGGGCCAGGAGGAGGCGGAGGACGCAGACGGAGCCCUGCAGGACUUGAAGCCCCAGAAAGCAGCUUCAUCUUCCAGCUCCACCAACACCGGCCACCACAGCAGCCACAAGAAACGCAAGAACAAGAACCGGCACAGCCCCUCCGCCAUGUUUGAUUAUGACUUUGAAUUUGACAUGAAGAUGAACAAAAAGCCCAGAGCAGACUAUUCGGCUUGAUGGUUACCACAGAGAGGAGCGGAGUGUUUGACACGGACUCUAUCUGCACCACCACGCAAACAAAACCACAGUUGUACAGCCUCAGGCUGCACCCAUUCAUCAUUACUCCUGUCUGCCAUAACAGCGCCGGCCAAUCUAGUGCAAGCGUGGAAAACGCCCUUCUUCUUCUUAAGCUACUACUUCUUCUGUCUUUUAUGUUUCAUACAUCUUUACCCCUCCAGAUCACAGGGGAAGGGAUGUGUUCCAGUUUACAGUCCGGUUAGUGUCUCCACAUUUCUGCUCUCGCUGCACAAAAACCUUCAUUUUAAUUCAUUCGCAGGUACAAACAGUUCUGUCUGCAUGUUCUCUGUGUGAGGUUUGAACACAGUCCUCAUCUCCAUACACCUCAUCAAUGCCUAUUUCCAUUAUGUCUGGUUAUCUUCUGUGUUUGUGAUGCUGCUGCGUUCGAGAAGUUUCCAGCAACUCUUCAGCUAAAAAAAGACACGUGAGAUUUCUUUUUGGAAAAUCUAUUACUUUUUGUUAAAACUUGUAGUUAAUGUGAAAAGUAAAACAGUCUUGUCAUUUCCAUAGUUGUUUUUUACUCUACAUUUUGUUUUGAAUAAAAAUGUGAUUAAAAAAUA